AUGCGUUGGUCUUCAAUCAUCAGCGCUGCGGCGCUUGCCACUUCGGCCGCCGCCCAGGAUCCAGAGACCUUCCCUUACUGCGAUGAGCUGGACCGCUGCUUCCAGGGCCAUGCCGUCGAUGAUACCGGCGUUGUGUUCGGUAUUGCUGUCCCCGAGGACACUUCGGCCGAGAAUUUUGACGUUAUUAUCCAAGUAACGGGUCCUAAGGACACCGCUGGUUGGGUUGGUGUUGGCUGGGGUGGUGGUAUGACCUACAACCCUCUCACAAUUGUCUGGCCCAACGGCGACGAUGUCCAGGUAUCCUCUCGGAUGGCAUUCGGAUACUUCGUGCCUCCUCUCUAUGAAGAUGCUUCUUACACAGUUCUCCCCGGCACCCAUGUCAACGAGACUCACUACCAGGUCACCGCCGUCUGCAAGGGCUGCACCCUCUGGGCCCCCUUCGAUGGUGAAUCCACGGCCCUCAACGGCGAGGGUGAGAACUACCUGGCGUUCGCCUACUCCAGCGUCCCCGUAGAUGACCCCACGGCCAUCGAUACCACCUUUGGAAUCCAUGAGCGCGUCGGCCACUGGAUCCACGAUUUCGCCGCCUCCAAGUCCGCCGACUUCGAGACCUGGGUUGUUGCUGGUGGUGAGGGUGAGGGCGAUGCCAAGGCGCCAGAGGCGCCAGCGGAGCCACCGGCCGAAGAAGAAGAACCUCCUGCGGAAGGCGAAGCCCCCGAAGAGGAUGGUGGUGAUGGUGAGUCUUCCGGCGACGCCAGCACCUCCUCAUCAACAGUACUGACAACCACAACGACUCCUGCUGAUCCGGCCUCGACUUCGGCCCCCGAUCAAGAGCCAACUGAGGAACCGACACCCGAGGUUGAGGCUCUUCCCCUUCCCGCCUCGUGCCCCGGCGUCGAAGCGCCGGCUUUCCCUUUGGUCACCGCUGAAGGGUGGAAAAUUGUCAAGAUUUCUGGCGAAGUUGUUCGUCCUCGAGCGGUGGUUGUGGAUAGCAAGGGAAACUUGCUUGUUCUUGAAUCCGGAAGGGGAUUGUCUGCUCUUACGCUGGGCGAGGAUGGCUGUAUCUCUACAUCAAAGCUGGUUAUUAACAAUGGUCAACUUAAUCAUGGUCUCGGCAUCACUCCUGAUGGCACCAAGGUCUACGUCAGCUCCAUGACUACGGCGUGGGAGUACAGCUACGACGCCGAAACCCAGGAGGUCUCGGGCCAGAGGGUCAUCGUCAAGGGAAUGUACUCGGGUGGCCACCCUUCCAGGUCUCUGGUCAUCCCGCCCGCCACUCCCCACUUGCUUGUGAUGCAGCUCGGAUCCAACGCCAACUUCGACAUGGAAUCUCUCCAGAUCGAGACGGCUCGUGCUAACGUGAAGGUGUUUGAUAUCUCCGAGGCGCCCGAGGGUGGCUGGGAUUGGGUCACCGAGGGCUGGGACCUUGGUUAUGGUCUUCGUAAUGAAAUUGCCCUCGUCGUUGAUGGCAACAACCAAGUUUGGGGUAUUGAGAACAGCGCUGACAACCUCGGACGUACGGCUGAGGGCACGACUACUGAUGUCCACAUUGACAAUCCGGCCGAAGAGCUGAACCUUCUCGGUGACCCUUCCAAGCCGAACACCGACUGGUACGGCUACCCGGUCUGCUUCACUGUCGGCGAGCCCGACGUGUUCGUCGACAAGGAGUUCAAGGUCGGCGACCAAUUCGUCCUCUCCCCAAAUGCCACCUACGACGACACGAACUGCGACGCAGAGGCCACCCCGCCCCGCCUGGCCAUCCAAGCCCACAGCGCGCCCAUCGACGGCGCCUUCGACAAGGACUUCUCCAACAUGUACGUGACGCUUCACGGCAGCUGGAACCGCGCGCCGGCUACGGGCUACAAGGUCGUGCAGAUCGCGUAUCACAAGCUCGAGGAUGGCAACUAUGAUCCCGUUCCCUCGGCGGAUACUCAUUUGCCUUAUGUUGAUAUUGCUUGGAAUGAUAAUGUCGAUGCUUGCUCGGGUAAUACCUGUUUGAGGCCUACUGGUAUUACGUUCGAUAAGGCAUUUUCGAGGCUGUUCGUUGCCAGUGAUAAUGCUGCCAAUAGCGAGUUGUUUGUCCUGUACAAGACUGAGUAA